UAACAAAAUACCUUGACAGCCGACGUCAACGUGAUUUGACAAGUUUUGUUCGCGGCGAUUGUUUCUGAUUUUUACUGCAAUUCCAUUUUAAAAAUAAUAACAAUGGCUGUACCAGAUUAUAAACUAAGUGCCGUACUAAGUGGUCAUUCGAUGGACGUGCGAUGUGUAGCUACGACUAAAGAGUUUUGUAUAUUAUCUGCAUCCAGAGAUAGAACCGCAAAACUUUGGCAUCCCGAAGGGGUUAAAGAUUUUGUUAACGUAGUUACAUACAAGGGCCAUAAAAACUUUGUGUCAUGCGUGUGCUGGCUUCCCCCUUGCGAAGCGUACCCGGAGGGGCUCGUGAUAACGGGGAGUAAUGACAACUGUAUCUUGGGCUACAAUCUGCAGGAUGGCUCGAUACAGAUCACUAUCGAAGGUCACGAGAACGCUGUAUGCAGUGUAGCACCAGGCAGAGAUUUUGGAGUGAUAUUGAGUUCAAGCUGGGAUAGUACAGCAAAAGUUUGGAAUGUGAGUAAUCCAAGAGCUGCAUUGUUGACCUUGAAAGGUCACCAGGCAGCAGUGUGGGCAGUUGUUGAACUUGGCAACAGCACUUAUGCAACCGCAUCGGCUGACAAGACCAUCAAACUGUGGAAAAAGAAUGGUGAACUGAUCAUUACACUUACAGGCCAUACUGACUGCGUCCGAGGGCUUGCAGUAGCUAGUAGUGAAAGUUUCCUGAGCUGUUCCAAUGAUGCAUCCAUUAGAAUGUGGUCCAACAUGGGACACUGCCUUAACACUUUCUAUGGACAUUCAAAUUACAUUUAUAGUAUUAGUCUAAACCCAGUAGUGUCAAAUGGCUUCGCAACAUCAGGCGAAGACGGCAGCGUUCGUCUGUGGUCGGGCGGCGACUGUGUGCGCGAGAUAAAGCUCCCGGUACACUCUGUGUGGAGUGUGACGUGCCUUGACAAUGGAGAUAUAGUAACUGGUUCUAGUGACGGCUUAAUUCGCGUGUUCACGAAAGACCCGGCUCGUUACGCAGACGAAGCAACUCUCAAACAGUUUGAAGAUGAUGUUGAGAAGAUGCAGGCCGCGUCACAACAAGAGAUCGGCGGAUUCAAACUCUCUGAACUACCAGGGCCUGAGGUACUCUUAGAGCCAGGUAAAUCAGAUGGACAGACAAAGUUAGUCAGAAGGGGGACCAAUGUGAAGUGCUAUUCGUGGAGCGCGGCGGAAAACACGUGGAAUGAGAUAGGCGAUGUGAUGGGUGCGAACCCUGCCAGUGAAGGGAAAACUAUGUACCAGGGGAAGGAAUAUGAUUUCGUGUUCAACGUGGAUAUCAAAGAUGGUGCGCCGCCGAUAAAGUUGCCGUACAACAAAAAUGAAGACCCCUGGGUCGCCGCGCAAGCUUUCAUACACAAAAAUAAUCUUCCACAAGUUUACCUGGAUCAAGUCGCAAAUUUCAUUGUAACAAAUGCAAAGUUAGACAGUUUACCAGCUUCUAGCAAUGGCAGUUUUGCGGAUCCGUUCACGGGCGAGAGUCGGUACGUGCCAGGCUCGGGCACGGCUGCGGGUCCGGGCGCGGGCGCCGGGGGGCGCGACCCCUUCACCGGCGCCGGCGCAUACACGCCUGCGCCGGCACACGCCGCACAACCCAACACGGAUAAUUCACUCAUACCACAUGACUCGUACAUCAGGUUCGAUCAAGCCAAUCUGAAAGCAAUACAUGAGAAACUAAAAGAAUUUAAUAGUAAAAUAGGUGAUGGACUGAGCCCUGUGACAGAUGUACAAUUAGAAAAUAUUGUUAAAUUAGGUGAAAUGAAUAGCGCUUAUGAUGUAGAAACAGUAGCAUUACUUAAGAAAAUGUUAGAAUGGCCGAAAGAAAUACUCUUCCCAGUAUUAGACGUGACUAGAUUAGCUGUUAGGAAUAAAGAAAUCAACGGACAAAUAUUCGACACGUCGUACGGCCCGUCGUUCGUUAAAUAUUUGCUGACUCUAUUGAAACCAGACAACCUGCCAGCGAACAUAAUGCUGUCGAUGCGGAUCCUGGUGAACGCGUUCAGCGACCUGCCCGGCGAGAUGUUGGUGCUGGCGGCCCGCGAGAGCGUCAUGCACUCCAUCAUCUGUCUCACGCAACUCAACAACAACGCACAAAUCGCAGCUGCGUCGUUACUACUGAACUUGUCCGUUGCGCUCGCGCAGCAGCCGGACAGCGUCGACCUCGCCGAGUGCGUCAUACAGUUACUCAACAAGAUAACUGAUAAUGAAGCGUAUUUCAGAGGUCUCGUCGCGUUGGGUACGUUGCUCGCCGAAUCUCCAAACAAACUACAAAUACAAACCAAAAUUGUGUCCAACACGCAACUCAAUAAUCGACUGAAAAGGGACAGUGCGACCAACACCGUCGACGGAAACCUUAGGAAAAUAAGCACUUGCUCCCAACAAAUUGUUAGACUUUUAUGAAUAACGUAUGUUACUUACUGCAAUGGAUAUAAGGCUGUUAUUUAUUUAAAUACAAUUGUUCACGUUACAUUUUUCCAUAUUUUUCAUAAAGAUUUUUGAGAUUAGAUGAAUUGAGUCUAUAAAUAGUUAAGCCUUUCCCUUCGGUGCAGUACAAUUGUAGCUUACUUAGUGUACCUAUAUAUGCCAGAUACAGUAAUGUCUUAAGGUAUUGUUCCGUACACAGCUGCAAACGUGGCGGUAUUGGUUUGUUUGUAAGAGAGCGACACUAAGAUUCGUGGCGUAAUUACAAAUGCGACCGAGCUUAUAUUCGGCAGCGGCGUGUGUGAAACAGCAGCUUAAGAAAAAAAAACGCACUGAGUAGGUUAAAUCAACUAGUAGUUUUUUUUUUAAAUAAUAAAAGCGAAAUGUGUUGAAGGCUUCAUUAAAGACUGGCCCUUGCUACUGUUAAAUGUUUCUUUUUUUGUUCUUGUAUUUGUCCCGAAAUUCCAAGGCAUAGUUUUGAUCAUUUAAAAUUUAAAUGGCAAUAUCAUCGGUUUGUGAUUUUUUUUCGGUCUUAGAGGUUUAUACUAUCGUUUGUACUUGUCUCAAAUGCUUAGGAAAUACAUAUGUAUGAACAAAAUAUUGAUAACUCUGAUAUGAUUUUCAUUUUUCUUUAAAUAUGAUUAAGUGUCGAUGAUGUUUAUCAGUUUAAUAUACCAAAUUUCUGCUCAUCGCUGCAGGCGGCAACACGCUUGCUUUUAACGCUUUCAAUAUGGCGUUAGUUAAGUUAUAUUUAUAUCUAUUGCUUGACGCGUUGUUCAAAAGUCUACCUAUUCCUUUUUAUGUAAUAAUUUCAAAAACAUUUUAAAUAUUUUAUUAAAACAUUUAUGUCAUAUCUAUUUUGUGAGUUUCCGUAAUAUGUUUUAUUAAAUGUCCUUUUCAUGUUAUAAAAUAUUUAAAAAUUAAUAUAAUUUCUAGAAUUAUAAAACCAUGACACUGAUAUCUCAGUAGCGUAAUUGCCAAAUCAACGCCCUGAUGCCUUAACAAAUUAUUUAUAUGAUUGGGAUAAAAUAAAACAUUGGAUAAAUGAAAUGUGACUGUAUUUUUCAAUUGUCGAAAUAUAUGCUAUGCUUACAAAUGGAAGUAUGAUUUGAUAUUACGAACAUAGCAAUAAUAAAAAAAUGUAUAAAACAUAAA